AUGGCAGGUGUAGAAACUAUUCGUCGGCGUAAUGUGUUCGUAGAUAAUGGUUAUAUGUUUAUAUUCUAUGCGUUUAGUGCAGACGGGAAAAAACGUUUUUGGCGAUGUAGAAAUAGAAAUAUAUGUAAAGCUAGGAUUCACACAGAUGUUGAUGAUUUGACUGUGUUAAAAAGAAUCAAUGAGCACUCUCAUGACUCAGAUGCCGCGGCAGUUGAAGCAGAAGUAGCUGUGACUAAAAUUAAAAUUCGAUCACAACAAACGUUAGAAUCUACAUCAAUAGUAUUGAACGAAUGUACGACUGGGCUUUCACAAGCAGCUAAAGGUACACUAACAUCCACCUGUGCAUUAAAGAAAAAAAUCCGGCGUAUACGUCAACAAAUUGUAAAAGCUCCCUAUGCACCUAAAGAUUUAAUUUCUUUAAUAAUUCCAGAAGCUUAUACAAUUUAUUCACCAUCUGAAGGUGUGAAUGAGACAUUUUUACUCGAUUACAGUGGCCCAGGUCUAGAUAGAAUUUUAAUUUUUGGUAGAUUAAGCAGUUUAGAUAUUUUAGAACGAUCAAAAAUAUGGUUUUGUGACGGAACAUUUAAGAUUGAACCGCCUCUUUUUGCGCAAGUUUCCGUUAUACUGGCCAAAGAUAUUGAAGGCGUACAUCCACUUAUCUAUGCACUUUUACCAAAUAAACAAGCCAAAAUAUACCAACAACUUUUUCAUAGAUUAAAACAAUUAAAACCAAGUUUAUGUCCUGAUUUUAUAUCGUGUGAUUUUGAAAAUGCUGCUAUAAUAUCUAUGAAAGAUAAUUUUCAAAAUGCUCAAAUCAAUGGAUGUUUGUAUCAUCUGACGAAAAAUUUUCGAUUAAAGUUGUGUAGUUUAGGUUUGAUUUCAAAUUACAAUAAUAAUGCAGAUUUUGCUCUCUCCGUUAAAAUGAUAACUGCAUUAGCUUUUGUUAAAAUUGAAGACAUCGAUAAAGCUGUAGAUGAGCUAGCAGAGUAUUUGCCAGACGAGUUGCAGGAUCUUUUGGAUUGGUUUGAGGAUAACCAUAUUGGCCGCAAAAAUAGAUCAAAAAAUGGACGUAGACCAGCACUUUUCCCCCCGUCAUUAUGGAAUGUACACGAUCGAGUAAUAAAUGGUCAAGAUCGUACAAAUAAUUAUGCCGAAGCUGCUAACCGGAGAUUAAAUACUAAAAUGGGUGUCAGCCAUCCAACAUUGUGGUCGUUUAUUUCAAGUCUCCGUAAAAUCCAAUCUGGCCGUGAUACAUACUAUGCACAAUUGGAAGCGGGGAAAAGUCCACCAAAAAAAUUAAAAAAACAUUUAGACGUCGACAAAAGAUUAACAAAAAUUGUGAGUAAUUACAAAAAUCUAAAUUUUAUUUCAUUUUUAGGAGGAAUUUCUCAAAAUAUA